AUGUCUUCAUCUGAAAUAUAUUGCAACUCCUUGACUCCAAAGUCAGUCGACGUGGUGGUCAUUGGUGCGGGUUUGAGUGGUCUCCGAGCGGCCUUGAAUAUCCAAGCCGCAGGGUUCUCCUGUGCAGUGGUUGAGGCUACUGACCGGGUUGGGGGGAAGACACUCACUUUGCCUUCGAAGAAAAACGGUCCCGGUGUUAACGACCUCGGUGCUGCUUGGAUCAAUGACACCACGCAAAGUGAGAUGUUCAAACUCGUCCAACAUUAUGGGCUACAGACAGAAAUCCAGAUAGACAGAGGAAACGACAUUUGGGUGCAUGAUGAUGGUGUGAUCUUAACCCCACACGGCAUUUUGCCGGUAAGGUUUUCUCUUUUCUAUCAUUCAUUGAUGACGACUCGAUCUCUUGUGCUGAUAUUGAAUCGGUGCUGCCAGUCUCUUAUUGGCGUUGAGACCAAGGAAAUCAGUGCAUUGAGCUUUCUACAAUUUUGCAAAUCUGGAACUGGCCUUCAAUUUAUGAUCUCUGAUACGAAGCAUGGAGCUCAGUACCUUCGUGUCAAACAAGGAAUGCAGACCAUCUCUCAAAAUAUGGCCAAGGAGCUUAAACCGGGCUCACUCUGGCCUUCAAAUCCGAUAACUCAUAUCGAGCAAUGUACGAAGACAGGCGUCUGCACGGUCCGGUCCGCCAACAAAGCAGUGUUCUCAGCAAAGAAGGUCAUUCUGUCUGUGGCUACUCCUCUCUACAGAACAAUCAAUUUCUCGCCUCCUCUGCCGACCGAAAAACAGCAUCUCGCUCAAGAAAACUUCCUGGGGUAUUACAGCAAGAUGAUCUUUGUCUUUGAAAAGCCGUGGUGGCGCACUGCGGGACUCUCCGGAGAGAUCAAAGCGCAGAGCCAGGGACCUUUCCUAUUCUCUGUGGAUACUAGUGUCUCUGAUGACGAUCAGUGGUCAAUCAGCUGCUUCAUUGUCGGCAGCCGUGGCCUCGAAUGGUCUAAAUUGCCCCAAAAGGAGAGACACUUAUCCAUCUGGAGUCAGUUUCGCUCCGCGUUCGAGAACGUUAAUUUGAAUCUGGAAAGAAUCGAAGUUCCGAAGCCAAUUAAAAGUUUGGAGUUUGAAUGGACGAAGCAGGAUUUCUUUCUCGGUGGCCCUUGUCCGGUGUCACCACCUGGCCUUCUAUCAUCUGUUGAUGGAGACGCCCUCCGAAAGCCAUUCGAGAACAUUCACUUUGUGGGUACAGAAACGGCAUUGGAGUGGAAGGGGUAUAUGGAAGGUGCUAUUCGCUCUGGAGACAGAGGUGGUGCCGAGGUUAUUGGGAAACUCCAGGCUAAGCACUAA